AUGGAAGCGUCCGACGAUGGCACAGCAGAAGAGGUGGUGGUCGCAUCGAGUCGUCCCGCUCCGACCAGCGCGGGCGGUAGCAGCAGCAGCAGCAUAUUGACCAGCGUGCGCAGCUCAUCGGUGUCUCUCUCCGGCGCGUCGUCUUCCAAGUCGAGUCUCCGCGGUGUCCCGGGCGCAUUGGCCGCGGCCAUCCCAAGCAAGCUGCAGAACCCACUCCCCGCCGUGUCGCAGAAGAGACGGACGCCCAAUGCGUCGCCUGUAGCGGCAGCAUCAGCAGCACCAUCAGCAGGGACAGCAGCAGCAGGAGAAGUAACAGGAGUAACAGCAGCAGCAGCAGCAGGCCGGCCCACCCGAACCAUAGAUUCCACCCCCUCACGGACCUCUCGAUAUUCCACGCGCGACGUCGUUCGAGACUCCCAAUCCCAAUCCCAAUCGCCCGCGCCCAGCGUCGACCUGUCCACCCAGCAACCACCGCCACCAGCACCGCGUUCUUCCCCACAGCCAGCAGCGAGCAGCCGAAUGCCUCGAGGCGCCGUACCGACGUUUACAGCGCAGACCCCUAAGCGGGCAGUUGCGUGGACGGUGGACAAGAUUGCGGAUGCGCUGGUGGAGCUGUCGGAGCAGGUUGGCCAGGACCAUGCGAUGCUGGUCGAGUACUUGCUGGAGGAGGCCGAGAAGCAGACGCGGCCGCCGGGACACUUGGAGGCGGAGGAUGCGUUUGCGGGGAUGAAGUCGAUUGCGUUGGAGAGUGGGAGCGUGCCGCCUGCGGGGGUGGAGAUGAUGGAGGUUAAGUUCAAGCAACACAGUGGCGAGCACGGUAGAACCCGGGGCAGCGGCCGGCGCGCGCUGUAUCCCGUCCGGUGCAUCAAACCCGACCGCGAACCGGUCCCCGGCUACCGAUUCCACCACGUCGAGAUCCGCAAGAACAUCCUGGCGCCCAACUCGAUGCUCAACUUUGUACCCCACCUGCGCGACGUGGACCCGAACACGGAAGAAGAGAAAAUGUACAACAGCUGGCUGCGAGACCUCGAGAGCCUGGACACCAAGUCCGGGUUCCAGAUCCAGAACCGGGCACAGAAGCUGGCCCGGCGGGCGCAGAACGAGUACGCGGCUACGCUUACCCCUUACCUCGAGCCGUGGCUGCAGCAGCUGGCCAUCGACGGGUGCACCAAGUCCACGCUGAUCCGCUACAUGGCCAGCCAGGCGCCGCACGACGACGCGGCCAUCACACCGCAGCAAAAGUCGAACCUGCUCGACACCCACAGCGACAGCGUCGUCGGGGCGUCUCCGCGCAGCGCAAAGGGGGCCAAGAUGUUCACCGAGGCGUUCGACCGGGUGUUUGACGACGACGGCGGCGACAAGCGGAAGCUGAGGCAUGUCGCGCUGCGGGAUAUCCUGAUGCUGGACAAGUCGGUCGAGCCGAUCCUGGACAACAAGCGAGCCAAGGAUGGAGCGGGAACGGGGUCGAGCCAGCCGAAGCAGUUGCCGCGCGGCCAGGUGGUGAUGGAGAGGGUGGAAGAGGCGCUGGGGAGCUACUCGGCGCUGGGGUGUUUGAUCUGUUUUAGUCAUGACUGCGAGCACGGUGAGAUCGAGCGGGACAACCAGAAGCGGUGUUUUUCGUUGGAGGAGAUCGGGGGCCUCGAGCCGACGUUGCGGCGGAAGUGGGCGGCUCAACUGGAGGCGCAGGCCCAGACUCAGACUCCGACACAGAACGGGACGACUACUACUACGACUACGGUGGCAGCCCGACCGACACAUCAGCCGUGCCGGAACCAGUGCUACCGGAGCUACAACACCGGCCACCCGGACGCGGAGGUCGAGCCGUGGUCGGAGAGCGACGUCGGCGUGCUGGAGUGGAUGUUCGCGGCCAUCGGACACAGCCCCUCGCUCAAGGCGCAGUGCUUCGUGGGUGCCAUCCUCGGGCGCCACUGCUGGGACGUCCACCGCAAACUGAAGGAGCUCGACUUGUCUCUGCCACCGGCUGAACCGCCCCAACAAAGCAAACCAGCCAAGCCGCCCAAGGCGAUACCAUGGUACGACCGCAAGAAGAAACAGCUCCUCGGCGACUGGCAAGACGCCACCGUCACUCACGAACACGCCGUCCGCGAGCUAUUCCCCCCCUGCCACCACGACGGUCCUUGCACAGCAGCCAACGGCUGCCCCUGCGCCUCAGCCGGCUCCCACCCAGUCCUCUGCGAGCGCUUCUGCCUCUGCACGGCCGACGAAUGCGCGCUCAAGUUCACCGGCUGCGCCUGUCACUCUUCCGGCAAGACCUGCAUCCAGCGCCAAAAAGAAGGCCGCCCUUGCAUCUGCGUGCAGCUCAACCGCGAGUGCGACCCGGGUCUCUGCCGGGGCUGUGGCGCGCGUGAACGCGCCGACCCGGAGAAUGCCUACGACGAAGCGCUACACGCUACCGGGUGCCAGAACGUGGCCAUGCAGCGCGGGGCGCCCAAGGCCGUGCUGCUAGGUAAAUCGCAGCUGGAAGCGUGCGGGUACGGGCUCUUCACAGCCGAGGACAUCGCGCCGGACGAGUUUGUCAUCGAGUACACAGGCGAACUGAUCAGCCACGACGAGGGCGUGCGGCGCGAGCACCGGCGCGGCGAUGUCUUUGACGAGGAGAACAAGGUAUCCUACCUCUUUACGCUGCUAGAGCAGGAAGGUAUAUGGGUCGACGCGGCCAUGUACGGGAACCUAAGCCGGUACAUCAACCACGCGUCGUCGGCCAACGCGAAUAUCAUGCCCCGUAUCAUGUAUGUCAACCACGAGUUCCGCAUCAAGUUCAUCGCCAUCCGCGACAUCCGCGCGGGCGAGGAGCUGUUCUUCAACUACGGCGACAACUUCCCUAAUCUCACCAAGAAACUCGUCGAGCGGAACAAUGAGAAGGCCGGCGGGAGCAGCGACGGCGGUAGUAAGAAUACCGUUGGGGGCGGCGCAAAACGCAAGGGCCCGGCUACUCACACGGCGAGGAAGACAACCUCGAAGAACACGUUUCCUGACGACGGACUUGAUGACGACGAUGCGUGGCUUAACGGGGCGAUGAUGCCCUUGCCGGAGGAUGAUGAUCUCAACGAUGAAUGGGGGAAUCCCAAGCGAAGGAAGAAACGUGGCGGGAGGCGGCCGGGCGCGGGGCGGAAGAAGAAGCAGCCUCAACCGCAACCAUCUGCUGGGCUAGACGCAGCAGAUGACGAUAUCAGCCCGGACUCACAGCUCCUCACUGAAAACAGCAACGCUACAGCCGCUGCUAUGUCCGAACAACAAAACGACAUAGACCCUUCGACCCCUUCCCGCCGACGAAUCACGAAACGCUCCUACGCGUCUAUGGUCAACCCGCAGAGCCUGAACCCGUCCGCGUCAAAUUCCGACACGGGCGCGGGGAGCCCGUCUGUUAAGCAGCAUCAACAACUUCCCAUACUGAAAAAAGUAUCCAGACGUGGCGGCGCGAGGCCGGGAGCGGGCAGGAAGCCGAAACAUCGCCCGCCUGGCAACGGGACCUUCCAGCCGAUCCAUGACGAUUCAGCCCCCGCUUCUGUCCCGGCAUCUGCGUCUGCUUCCGCUCCCGUUUCAGCCUCGCAUUCGGCUUCGACGUCGUUCUCGCUUUCUGUGGCCGAGAGUAGCGGUGGGACGCGACGGAAUCAAAGGGAGACUCGGAUUCUGUUUACUUCUUCUGCUUCUGGAAGUGGGCCUAGUACUAGGGAAAAGGAAAAGGAACGGGAAAGGGGAGCAAAAGAAAAAGAGGGAGGAAGAGAACAACAAGGCGGGGGUUAUGAAACAAGGGCACGUCAGACGAGAGCGGGCGGUAAAGAGAGGAAUAGAAAUGGAUAUAUACAGGGUGAUGCAGAUGGGUAUUCUGGUGCGGAUGGAUACGGAGGAGGAGGAGAAAUGGACGCGGACGGAGACACGGAUAGGGAAGACGACGUGAUUGAUCGGUCGGCGCGUAAGAGGCAGAAGCCGCUGCGGUACCGGGAUGAGGAGGAGUAG